UUAAUGAUGUCAGGCAAGAUCCAGGCUCGCGGGGGGGAAGCAAAGAGCAUGAAACUGAGUGUAAACACAGCAGUAGCACGCAGAGAAAGCUGCCUCGAGUUUACCCCCGCCCUCCCUUCUGCCUGGAGCCGCCCUCUAUCAGGAGAGCUUCUCCAGCUGUAGCAAUGCUGAGGUAACGGUGCAUACGGAUCUGGCAAUCAUUUCAAGGAAACCUUACUAAGAAGUGUCGCCCUCCCCAUCGUCCUUAAGGCCAGUCCCUGUUGCCAGGAAGGAGAAGAGGAGUAAGAAGCAGUGAGAGAAGAGAAUUGCAGGGGAAGAUAAAGGUGUGGGCAAACUUUUCUAGCUGCUUUUUGCUUCAGCUACCACCCCAGAAGUGGGAGUGUCUGUGUCUUUGGCCAUAAAGAGCUGCAAAGCCCAAAUGUCAAAGAGUCCUGAGGCUGCAAAGGAGACUUCCCUGCUGCCUUUGGAGGAGGAACUACCUUCAGCUCCAGUGUUUCCAUAUACAACUAAGUGGGUAUGUUGAAUGACACAAAUCAAUACAACUUUGUAUUCUGCAGAGUAAGGAUGGGAAUGCUGGAAUGUGGCUUGUUACCGACGUGUACCACGACAGCCUGAGUAUUUCACAUAAGAUAUCCAAAACUAGAUGGACAGAGUACUAGAAAUGCAACUGUAGAGAGCAAUCCUGCAUUGGCAAGGAUUACUUGGAACAAUAAAAAAUAUAUUUUUCCAGGUCAUUUUAGAAGGAUUUUGGGCUUUCAUAUUAGACUGUAGUCUCAACAACAAACAAACCCAAAAUGAUACAGUAAGAGCUUUUGGGGAAAGAAACUGAGAUUUGUGUCAAAGGUCUGUUGCAGAACAACUGAAAAGAGAAAGCAGAAUGGACAACUUCUGAAAAUUGUAUUAGAGAACAAAAAUCAAUUGGAAACAUACAAGGUGGACUUAGAGGAGUAAAGAAUUUUAAAAAGCAUCCAGAAAUUGGUAAUUCCCUGGUUUGGCUCAAGGUCUUGGGAUAAUGGAUACCAUUGAGACUGCAAAGCUUGAAGAGCACAUGGAAAGUCAAAACAAUGACACCUCAAAUGGUUACGUUCGACCUACCCUAUCUGUCAGUGAAGAGAGCGAAAAUGGCAAUGGCAAACCUAAGGGUUUACCUAAUGGUUUGCGAAAAGGCACAAAGAAAUAUCCGGACUAUAUUCAGAUUUCUAUGCCUGCUGAAUCUAGGAACAAAUUUCCUUUGGAAUGGUGGAAAACAGGCAUUGCCUUUGUGUAUGCUCUCUUCAAUUUAAUUCUAACGACUGUCAUGAUCACCGUUGUUCAUGAGAGGGUACCUCCCAAGGAGCUCAGUCCUCCAUUGCCGGAUAAAUUUUUUGAUUAUAUUGAUCGCGUGAAAUGGGCUUUUUCUGUAUCAGAAAUAAAUGGAAUGAUACUAGUUGGAUUAUGGCUAAUCCAGUGGUUAUUUCUCAGAUACAAAUCAAUAGUGGGACGCAGGUUCUUUUUUAUAAUUGGAACUUUGUACCUGUAUCGCUGUAUUACCAUGUAUGUUACCACCCUACCUGUGCCUGGAAUGCAUUUUCAGUGUGCUCCAAAGUUGAAUGGAGAUUCUCAGGCUAAGGUGCAGAGGAUCCUACGAUUGAUUUCUGGUGGCGGUCUGUCCAUAACUGGAUCACACAUCCUAUGUGGAGACUUCCUGUUUAGCGGUCACACAGUAGUGCUAACACUCACCUACCUGUUUAUCAAGGAAUACUCACCUCGUCAUUUUUGGUGGUAUCAUUUGAUCUGCUGGUUGAUGAGUGCCGCUGGUAUAAUCUGCAUUCUUGUCGCCCAUGAACACUACACUGUGGAUGUUAUUGUUGCUUAUUAUAUCACCACAAGGCUCUUCUGGUGGUACCACUCAAUGGCUAAUGAAAAGAAUUUGAAGGUCUCUUCCCAGACUAAUUUUCUCUCUCGAGCAUGGUGGUAUCCGAUAUUUUAUUUCUUUGAGAAGAAUAUACAAGGCUCAGUUCCUUGCUGCUUCUCAUGGCCAAUAUCUUGGCCUCCCAGCUGCUUCAAGUCUUCAUGCAAAAAAUAUUCACGGGUUCAGAAGACAGGAGAGGACAAUGAAAAAUCCACCUGAAAGAAAGAUGAAGAAAGGAAAGAAAGCAUCUGCUCUUUAUUUUACCAAAACAUUAAUGCGAUAACCAAAGUUCUUAAAAGGACUAAACUGUAAGGGAAUAAGUGGACCAAAUUCUUGUGCAAUUGUACAAGACAAUUGUAGACAAAAUAUAACACCCCUUGAUAUGUUUUCUAUUCAUCACAUUGUACAGAGCUAUUCUACUCGUCAGUACUAGGAGUCCACCACAGAUAGGAUUUAUCCCCGAGAAAGAAAAGAAGCAGUAGUUUGGUUUACUUAUGAGAUUGAGGUGCCAAAGAACACCCCACACCUUUCGUUUAUUAAUUAUCACUCAUCCACAAAAUCUCAUCUUUAGAGUUCUGGAGUUUGAGGGCAAAAGCAUACUAAAAUUUAAAGUUACAAUAUCUGUCUACAAUGGUGGGAAGUGGUUUACUGUAUUCUUCUUGCUAAUGAAGGUAAGACUUAUGAUAUAUGACUGGUGAAGCCGGAAGUGAGCCUUGACAUUUUAUGCUCUAUGGGAAUGAAUCUACGAUGACCCUGAAGUACUCCCACCGCCCAUGUACUCUGAUAUACCAGUUUUUACAUUUUGUAUUGGUAAUUUUAUAUUUAAAAAAAAACUUUAAAAAAAGGAAAAGGAAAGCUGUUGUGAUAUGAUGACACUGCAAAUUAGAAAUAAUACCUGCUAACAUCAUUGGAGCUCUACAAGCAUGGAAGUAUUUUUAUUUUUAAAACCUAUAUAUGUAAAACCUAUAUAUGUAACAAGAAGAAAAUUAUUUCAAAGUCUAAACAUUUAAUGGCAAGUUAGCCUGGGUCUGUAUGUAUUAUGUAUAUAUACCUAUAUGCAUUACAUAGCUAUAUAUACAUACUUUUGUGUAUUCACACACACUAACCAAUAUUAGAUAAAUGAAAAGAAAGCUGUGUAUAAUAUGUUAUUGUAAGCAAAACUCCCACUGAUUUCCUUCACCUGCUUCAGGAUUGCAAAGUCAGUCCCCAAAUGGGAAAUGUAAAAAUCAAACAUUUUAAAUUUUUAGUUACUAUAUCUUGAUGACACUAUAAGCAUUGUGCUUGAGAGCCUGAUGUUAUGCAUUUAGAGGUUUUGGGUUGUUUUUUUUUCCCUUAGAAAUCGUUGGCACAAAUCUCAGUGACUCAUAAACAGGUGCAAGGUGAAUACACUCCAACAGCAACACUUCUUCCACUGUUACCUAACCAUAUUUAUUAUUAAAUGUUACUGUCAUAUGACUGAACUGCUAUUCCUUUCUAUCAGGAGUUGUGUAGAUACUUUGGUUGGACAAACAAGUAUGUUGGUUUAGUAUGUGGGAAUACACAACUUUGUUAGUGUACCAUAGAACUGCAGAUUAGCAGCUUACCUGGUCAACGUUGCUUUUCAUGUUGUUCUUGGGGAAGCUAAUGGAUACUGGGCAGCCCAGAGUUUAACAGUUUAUUUGUUCUGUAUUCAUUUCCUCAGCUACUCAAGUAUUUUAUUUUGAAACCUUCAGUAAAAGCUAAUCGCAGAGGAAAUAAUUGCAUUAAUAGUUAAAUUAACCUGUAACUUGAGUGAAAAAACACUCUUAUUUUUAGAAUGUCUUGACAAGUGUGAACACUGAAAAGAGAAUUAAAUAAUGACAUUCUCAUUUUUAAAAUAUCCAGUUAAAAAAAUUAGUACAAAUAAAAUGCAAUAUACAGUACCCAGAUCUGAUUUCUUUUUCAGUUCACAGGGUCAAUGACUAUAAAAUUGUACUCCAGAAAAAUAUUUUUAACUUGCAUUUCAGAAGAUUUUUGUGCAUUAUCAAAGCAUAAUACAACAAACUGCAUUUCUUACAGGACAUCCUGGUAAAACAUAGCAAAGUAAUGAUAUCCAAGCUCUUUAAAUUAAAAAAAAUAAUAAAAAAUUCUCCUCACUGACUGGGGCGUCUGAUGUUGUGCACAUGGACACAAGGCUAAUGUUUUGUUCCUGGCAGAACUUUAGUGGCUCACAAACUGAAACCAAGGACAUACAUUUGAAGAACUGUUCCUUCAAUUAUUAGCUAACCAAUCGUAUUAGUACAAUAUCAGCCUUUGCAGAUCCCCAAAGUUGUUGUUUUAUUUCUUGUUUGAGUUCAUCUACAUGGACAACAAUGUCUUUGAAGUCAAACCAGACUACUAUGGUUAAUCUCCUAACUGACAUGUUAGUUAUUUUUAGUUGAACCACUUCUAAUAGCAAAGUCUAUGGAGGGAAAUGUGGGUGAAUUUCAUUAGUAAACCUGCUUCAAGAUAAGCACUGUAAAACUGUGGACUGAGCAUUCUAGGAAGGAUCAGAAACUAUGCUUUUCACUUGGCAGCCUGUUAGGUUACUGAAUAACACAUCCGUUGAUAGCCUAAAUAGAUUACAACAAAGUUCCACUGAGAUAUUUAGAAGGGUAUUUAGCUAAUGACUGACCUAUAGAAUAUAUCAAGUGCUCUGCUCAAAACCAAUAUCCUUAUCAGUACAAUUUUUUUUAGGUCCCAUUUUGUUUAGAGGGGAGAGAAUUAAAAUUGAGUGAGUAGUGUUGGUUGUUUUUAAAAAAACAAAACAAAAUCAGUUGUAGUUUUGUUUUAGGCCCACUAAGUGCUCAAAUUCCCUCCAUUCCCAUAUAUGUCAACAGAAAUUGUGGGUACUCAAGUUGCUGGCAUACUUUGGCCUUUAAACAAUAGACGGAGUAUCUCAAAAGUUCUUCUUAUUGAUACAAUAAAUUUACUACUUUCUUUGUAUCAGUUUUUUUAAAAAGUGCUCAUCUCAUUCAGAAACAUUUUAAGCUUAAAUGUAUGCAAGAAUGUAGAAUUUCGGUGUUACAUUUUCACACAAUAUAAUUCUAGCCUAUUCUUUAUUACCACCCUGCACUAACAAAUCAGGUAUAGGCUACAGUCAGUAUAUAUGAAAAUGAGCUUAAAGAAUUGACAGCAAUUGUAAUAAAUGUUGGAAUAUAAAGUAGUUCCACAAAAUUUCAAGAUGGGAAGAAAUGGAGUAAAGUGGAUAUAAUCCAAAAGUAAAAAAGCUUAUCUGGAAUUUGUUCAUAAACCUUCACGGGGUUGAGUGCAGGAUUUUAUUCCUGAUUAGGGUGACCAGAUGUCCCAAUUUUAUAGGGACUGUCCCAAUAUUUGGGGCUUUGUCUUAAAUAGGCACUUAUUACCCCCAACCCCCGUCCCAGUUUUUCACACUUGCUGUCUGGUCACCCUGUUUCUGAUGCCUUUUUCUAUACCUUUCAUUUUAUGUAAUUUUUCCUGAAACUUUUCUUUGAUUUAAAUACUGUCUGUAUCUGCUGCCAUGCCAUGAGACAGAGAAUCAUAGUUGAGCUGCAAUUUCUGUCCUUUGAAGAGAGCCUGGAUGGGCCCUUCUGAAAUCAGUGGAAGUUCCAUGUAUGCAUCUGCCACAUCACUGAAGACACAGGAGCUGCUGGGUCCUUGGCACUUCUGAAAUCCAGGUCUCUCAUCUAUGUGUCUAACUGGAUUUAGAAGCCUAAAUUGGGUACCCAUAUUAAAAAAAAUCUCAGCCGUGGUCAUUACUUAAAAGGGUAAUAUGAUAGUGUUAUGCUCAGUGUACUGCUGAUUUGCAACAGAUCUGUCACAUUAGCAAAUAAACUUGGCCUUGUUCAACCACUUUAGAUUUUAUCUCCAUGGUGUGUCCUUAAUGCCCCCUUGUGACUAUAAAUGGUAUGUGUUCAAUAUCACUCACUGACUUGUAAAAAUGGUAUUUUUAGGGUAAUUAUUAUGGGUUGGGCAGCCAGUCCAGAGAAAAUAAAACAUUCCCCACUGCUAGAACUGAUUUUUUUUUUUUUUUUUUUUAAUAUUCCAUGAAUGUGGUUAGGUUGACUGUUUUUAUUCAUUUGUCCAUGUUUCUACAUUACCUAGUUUUAGCCAGGACCCAGAAAUAACAUAUGCUAAUAUGAAGUGGUGGUGUUCUUGCAUUAUCAGCAACUCAGCUAGAACUAAGAAGUGGCAGGAAAAAAAAAGUCAUGAGACUUGCAGACAAGAUAUUUGGAUACUGUGGGAUCAUCAUCUCAAAUCGAAUCAAUCCUCCAAACUUUGAGUUUCACCCAUUGCUAGUGUUUUCAUCGCCAGAUGGCUUGUCCUGUUUGUUUAAAGUACACAUAGUGCCAAUCAAGAUCUGUUUCUUACAAUGCUGGAUAUGAAACAUGGUCUAGUGCUUAACAAUCUGAUCCAUCUCUCACUGAAGUGGGGAGUCUUCCCAUUUAUUGCAAAGGACAAGCCCUUCAGGAAAGGCCUGGGAAACUGCAGAUUCUGAUUCUGCUCCCAGCUCUGCUACUGACUUGUUGUGUGGAUAUGGGAAGCCAUAACCUUUUCUUCCUGAUUAUCAGAGCCACCACAAUUCCAUUUGUUUUUGCUAGGAAUUGAGAGCUCAAUACCUCUGAAAAUUCUGUGUCUCAGUUUCACCAUCUGUAAAAGAGAGAGACUGCUUUCCUAUCUUAUAACCCUACUGAGGCUUAGUGUUUGCAAAGAACUUCUAGAUGAUUGGAUGGAAGGUGCUAUAAAAGUGCAAAUAUUUUAUUUAUUGUAAACCACUCCUUUAAAACUAAGUCAUGUGAGGUAUGUUUUGAGAGUUAGGACGAGUCUACAUUGGCAAUGCUAAAGUGCUGCCGUGGCAGCGCUUUAACAUGGCUUGUGUGGCUCUUUUUUUUUU